CAGAAAGCCGUGGUUUAUUACAUGGAUGUACUAUGUAAUGGCUUAUCAGUCUGGUGGGUUCCUGGCCUGCCGCAGUUUUACGCGUUUUUCAUUAAAAUGUAUUCAUUUACAACUUACAACUAUGUAGACUGAAGAUUCAGCAUUUAAGCUUUGAAUAGUAGGCUGGAUGAUUUUAUGAAUGCCAGUUAUAGUGCCGGCGAUAUUAAUUUGGUGUCUAGUCUAAAUUGCCAUGCUUGGUCAAUUCAGGAAGGAUUAUGUGGCUUUGAAUUUGCCUAGUACAUCUGCGGAUUCAGAUAUUAAUCGGCGAUGGCCAAAGAGACGUUUGUGGCGGUGGUGGAACCAGCUUUCAAGAUUUCAACGGAGUGUAGUUUACAUGCUUAUAUUAGCAGCAUGUCUUACAGCAUUAUACUUCCUUCCUGGAACUCAACCCAUUUGGAGUCCAAAUAAUGGCAAAUUAAAUUCACUCCUGGAUAAGGAUAACAUUACGCCUGCACUCUCAUUACUUCCUCCUAAGAAGGCACAACCUCUUGAGAACUCAUUGGAUAAUGAGGAGCCUGUAAAGGACAGAUAUAUGAAUAAUGAUACUCAGAACAAGAAACCUGUGCUUAAUAAAGGAAAUUUGGACUUACAUGGUGAAACAGUGACUAGUAAUGUUGGUCAGAUUCAUUCUCCACCAAGGGAAGGAGUAAAAUUUUCAGGGCCUUCAAAUGAAAGGCAGUCUGCAAUUGUGGCAGCUUUUAGGCAUGCCUGGAAAGGUUACAAGAAAUUUGCUUGGGGUCAUGACCACUUGAAACCCAUUACAGGAACCUUUCAUGAUUGGUUCAAUCUUGGGCUGACCAUUGUAGAUUCUCUUGAUACUAUUUAUAUAAUGGGGCUUGCAGAAGAGUUUGCAGAAGCAAGAGAGUGGGUUGCAACGAGUCUACACUUCGAUGUGAAUCGAGACGUGAAUCUGUUUGAAGUAACAAUCCGAGUACUGGGCAGCUUGCUGAGUUCGUAUCAUCUUUCAGGAGACAGAAUGUUUCUUGACAAAGCAGUAGAUCUGGGAACACGGUUGCUUCCAUGUUUCAAUUCUGAUUCUGGUGUUCCAUAUUCUGAUGUGAACCUUGCUACUCGUAAAGCGCAUUCACCGAAGUGGAGUCCCGAUAGCAGUACCUCGGAGGUCACGACGAUCCAGCUAGAGUUCCGCGAUCUCAGUCGAUGCACGGGAGACCCACAGUUUGAAGAUUCUGCAGCCAAGGUGUCACUACAUGUCCAUACGCUGGAAAAGUCUGAUGGCCUGGUUCCCAUUUUCAUCAACGCCAACACGGGGCAUUUUCGAUCAUAUUCGACAAUUACUCUGGGUGCGCGAGGUGACAGUUAUUAUGAAUACUUACUGAAGCAGUGGAUACAGACGGGACGAACCAUAGAUUAUCUGCGAGAUGACUUUAUAGAAGCUAUUUCAGGAGUGACGAAACAUCUAACAAGAAGAACAGCUCAGAAUAAGUUUUUAUUUGUUGGGGAACUUCUUGCCGGAGGAAAGGACUUCAAACAAAAGAUGGAUCAUUUAACAUGUUAUUUACCUGGUACGCUUGCACUGGGUGUGCACAAUGGCUUGCCACAAGAACACAUGCAACUUGCAGAGGAUCUCAUGACGACGUGUUACCAGAUGUAUGCCCAGCAGCCAACGUUUCUGGCGCCAGAGAUUACGUAUUUUAAUAUCAAUGAAGGAACAACCGGAGAUAUCGUUGUUAAGACUAAUGAUGCCCAUAAUCUCCUGAGGCCUGAAUUUGUUGAAAGUCUGUGGUACAUGUAUCAGGUCACCGGGAACCAAACCUACCAAGAGUGGGGGUGGCACAUAUUCCAGGCAUUUGAGAAGUUCACAAAGGUUGCGAAUGGCUAUACGUCUAUCGGCAACGUACGUAACCCGUUAAACACCCGCCCACGGGACAUGAUGGAGUCUUUUUUCUUGAGCGAGACACUCAAAUACUUGUACCUGUUGUUCAGUGAUGAUCCAAAUAUACUCAGCCUUGAUAAAUACGUACUCAACUCAGAAGCUCAUCCACUCCCAAUAUACGACACUUGAUCGUAGGUUGGUUUAGAAUUAUAUGAACGUAAGAGAACUACUUUGUUAAUUCUAGUAGUUGUGAUGUAUGAGCAAUACUAAGUGAACUUAAGGCAUGCCGGAAGAACUGACGUGAUAUACUUUUUUAUAUUUAUAAUCAGAAUCAAGUAUAUUGUGAUACAGUUGUCACUCCUGAAAGAAACUAUGAUUGAAAAUUCUAACUAUGGAGGAGAAGAAUAAAUUUUACAGUAAUUCUAAGUCCCAAAGCUUGUUUAAUUCAAGGGCUCUGGGCUUAAAAUGUCCUCUAGUCUGGUCCUUGCGAAUGCGGGCAAGUCAAGCUCACAAGCACCUUCAUUGGAUGAGUUACGUGUCGGUCACGGUCAUGGUGGCGCAGGAAAGUCACAAACCGAAUUUUAAUCAGUAGAAUCUUCUAUGUUGCAAGCUUUUUCAAGAACGCCAGUUAGCGCUGUAUGUCCGUUUUUUAUGUUGUGAUUGCCAUUUUUGUGGUGAAGAGGUAACGGCAACUGUGAUACAUAAAUUAUACAUAUUUACUACGUGUAUUAACAAAAAGAUAUAUUAUUAGUUCUAAGUAUGAUUAUACUGAGAAAUUAAUAAUUCUUCUGUAGAGUUCUUAUUUUAAUUUGCUUUUAUCUACUGGAGAGAUCUUCAUUAGAUUGACCCCCCCCCAGACUGUACAGUCUGUGGUAAGUAGCUAACUUAUUUAAGUUAAGAAAGCAAGUUCUCUGCUAAGGGGGUAAAGUUACUGAAGAGGCAUUUCACGGGCAUCUUUCCGUUUUACGUCGUUGGCUUACUGGGACCAAGAUCAGCGUUUGUCUUAAUGUUUGAAUGAUUAGAUUUUUAUUAGUCUUUUUAAUGUGUCUAUAUUUCUUGAAAUGUGAUUUUACUUCUACUUAGAUAUGUGUAAGAAAUCAUUAAUUUCUUCAUAAUUUUAGAAUGUUUAUAUUGUUAAAAUAUUUUCAGGCUGAUUAUAAAUGGGCUCUGGUAAAUAUAGUACAACUGAAUGUGUACUUCUUUGUGCUCUUGAGUUUAUGUAACUCUUGACCACCACAGUCAUGAAUUUUUUUUUAAAGAACGUGAUGACAUUUCUUUGAGUUAAAAGUAUUACAAAUGCAGCUCGCCCCUCUCACCUAUCUGUGCUGGCACCACAAAUUCUGUGUGAAGGGGGCUUCCAGUCAAAUGUGAUCAAAAAAACACCAUAAAAGUAUUAAAGGGCACAAAUUUCUGUGUACCGAGUCAGAAAAAACAGACGAGGAAUGCGCAUGUAUGGACAGGGAGGAUAAGUUGACUUAUUUCCUUUUGUUUUACAUACUCUUUUCAUUGUCACUAAACUUCCACUAUUGCCCAAUGAAUAUUUUCAUGCGAAGUGAAUGAAGUAUUCACAGAAACAAUGCAGUGUAGGAGACAGGUGUACGAAGCUAAUGAAGUUGGACGUAGCAUUAAAACGAAAAGUCGCUGUAACAGAACUCUUAUCAGUUAUCGUCUGCCGCUUCCUGACCUGAAUUUUACUCACAUAAAAACAUUGACCGAUGACAGUAUUUCAAAAUAAUCUUGCUUUUACUCUCAGUGGUGAUACUUUUUUCGCUUGCGGUGACUUGACCUGUUGUGUAUCCCAUGUCUGCAGUGUAAAAAACAAUGUUUCAUCCGACUUCUGCUACGUCGUAUUUAUAAAUUUUGUAUUUACAGAGCUUCCGAAGAAAUUGCUGAAUGUAGUGUUUUAUGUCAAAGGUAUUGUAUAGAGAUGAACACUUUUAUUUAUGCAAAAACUGUUUUGUGUUUAUACUUCCUGCUGGAUUUGAACUUUGUACAAUGUUUCAUGAAUAUAUGUAAAAAGAAACCUGACAUUUUGCUUUUUGUCUGUUUCACUUAUAUUUUAUAGAUUUCUUCAUAUUAAUUGUGAUUUGUAACUAUGUCAGGUGUUAUAUACAGCAUAUGUUGUUAUGAGGAUUGUUAGCAUGAAUAUACGGUGUGUCCAUUUUAUGUGAGCUGAAAAUCAUAAGAGAGAAGUUUAUUCACAGCAGUAGAACUUUUAUCGAGAAAUUCUUUUCAAUUGAAGUUCAAAAUUUGUACAUUAUAUGGUUCUACAGAGAAACGCUUCAACACUUUUUUCUCAUGUGAGCUGUCAGUAUUGUCCAUAGUAUAUUUUUGUGUUAUUUUUAUCCAACACCAAGGCUGUCGUACAAAAUUUUCAUUUUGGAUAUUUUCCAGUGGCAUUUUCCUGAUAAAUGAUUACGUCCUUUCAUUCCUGCAGUUGAGCCUGUCCUGUAUACCACCUGCAAUGCAAGUCCUACAGAAUGUAACCUGAUUGACCUUACUCUGUUCAAUGUUUAACAGAAGUUGUGUGCAUUCACGGUUGUACAUAAUUUCAUUUUCCUUCUUGACAUGGAUUAAAAGUGCAUCUGAGGGCGGCUCGGCAUCUUGAAUGUAACUAUUGUAUGUGGGGAGGUGGCACCGGAAUGAUACUGUUUUAAUGAUUAUAGUUACAAUUUUGCUUGUUUAUCACUCAGUAUAAUCAUACAUUGAACUGAAACACAAUGGCAAAUGUUCAAUUUGGAAUGUGGCUGUAUUUCAGAAACUUGGAGAAAGGGUAAUAGUUCAUAUGCAUCACCAAUGUAUCUGAUUUGUGUCAAACAUUAUAAGGUUCAUCGGCCAUCUUUCUCGUGUAGUGGAAUGUUAGCAAGGAUUGGAAAGCUCGUCAGCUGUCCUCUCCCACUGCUCGGUUAAAUUUCAAUGUCGCAUGACCUUGUGUAUAAAUAAAUAAUUUUUAACGUUUGACUGAAAUUCAUGUCGCCUGGAAGUCAUCAAGCUAGCGGUAUUCAUAGCAACAACAGUGUCGCUACACUGUGAUAAUUUUAUGAGUGUACGUUUUAACUUAUGUGUGAAAAUGUGACCUUUUAGUUUUUCAGACGAUUUCUUAGUUGAUAUUCAUUUAAUAUGUAUUAUAUAUAAUUAUCCAAAAUGUGAAUGUUAAUAGAAGUAAAUAUACAUAAAACAAAUAUGAAAACUAGUACAGCUCGCACAUCGUACUAUGUUUUAUGUUUAAUGGUAAUUUUAUAUUUGAAACAACAGUACUGGAGUGGGAUGUGGUGCUGACAGAGAAAUGUUUUCAAAGGGCACUAAUUUAUUAAAAAUAACUCUUCAAAAGUA